AUUCCGGCCAUCCACUCGGGACGUCGUCGGCAGGAUAACAAAGCGCUAGCCCCUUUCGACCCUUUCAAUGAUUUGUGCUUUGUAUCUGGUCAAACAACUGGUCAAACAAGCGCAUGGAACGCUGAGGCCAACAAACAUAAUAGGCGUGUGGAGAGAGGAGAUAUAUGUGGAUCCAAUGAGGCCUGAGCGCAGAGGUGGCACAGAUCUAAUUGGACAUUCCAGCUGAGAAGGAAAGGCCAAGAUGCGAAUCUUUCAUCAAUCCAUGUCGCGUGGGAUACGCCAAUGGCAUUGUGCGGAGAUUAACAGGACACAUCCGCAAAUAAAAGGAAAUCGACUGCGAAUAUACCUCAACGUCGCCGCUUUUCUCCUCCUCUCCUCUCUCCCGGCCUCUUCACUCUUCUCUCGACUAUCACGCCUCUUUACGACGGGAUUCAACACGUCGUGCUAGAGGAGAAGACUCGAGAAGACAAAGAAGAAGCGGAUUACAGCUAUUCCUACAGUAUCGAGUCAAGGGACGGUGCCACCCUUGCUUCUGCCCGGGGCGCGUUCCCUCGACCACCUCGCCGCUUAUUGUUCUCCUCAUCUACGUCUUGGCGACUCUUGUUCUCUUCCACGAUCUUGGAUAAGAACAUUUGCAACAGGUGUUGACAACUCGACCAACACUUGUGGCGAUCUCAGUCACUUCUGUUGGCUUGUUCCAUCGUCC